AUGGCUGCACGUUUUAUGGAACUUGAACGUAGAACAUUAAUUGUACAAUUCGUAGGUGUACAACCAUUAGCAUUUUAUGCAACAUCAGAUGGUACAGACUUAGUUCAAGAUAUAUUACGAAAUCAAUUAGCUCGAUCAAAUACUAAUAUAUUUGGACAAGAAGGUUCAUUAUCAAUAAAUGAUAAUGGAGAAUUUCUUACAUUUGAACCAGCAGAUACAAAAAAUCGAACAUUACAUUUACCAAUUGAACAUUUAGCUUAUUGUGGUGCAUUAAGACGUAUACGUCGUGAUCCAGGUGAUCAACGUAAUCCUGAUCAAAUUUUACGGCGAGAGUUUGAAAAUGUUGAUUUAGCAAAUCGUUAUGCACAAUAUAUUAUUGGUCCACCUAUAUUUGUUGCUGUAUUUCAUGGUUUUGAUAAUGCACUUUGCUAUACAUUUAUAACACAAAAUGCUGAUGAUGCUUGUCUUGCAGUUACGAAACUUAUGCGUGCAUUUAGACAAUGUGAACAACAACUAGAAGAACAAGGACAAGCAAAUCAAGGUUUUCCUUCACCUGUAAGUAUCAGUUGUGUCGAAGCACCUUCGCCUGUCGUAAUCGCACAAGGGUGCCCUGUAUACGAAUCACCACAAAUAGCUUCUCCUGCUUGUAUUCAACUACCGAAAAAAGUAACGAAUAUGUACGUUCAAGAUCCAUGCCAAGAUAGUUUUAUUCAAAACCUCCUUUGCAAUCCAAAUUUUCAAAUUAUUAAUCAACCAUGUUCAUCAUCAGCACCUGCUAUUACUCAGUGUGUUGAUAAUUUACCAAUUAUUUCAACAUCAUCACCUUCAGUAAGUUAUUAA